AACGACGUCGGUUGCAGUUUCCCACACCACACUCCUCCUCGGAAACUUCCGUCGUCGUGUUGUUAGCUUGACUUACGGAUCCAACGAGAGAAGUACUUACUACUGCUCACAUUCUCGUGGAAUCUGAGGUUUUACGGGUUUUAGCGAAUUGAGAUUUAAUAUUCAGACAUCUUCUUCUUCUUUUUUUUCUCUUGUUCCGAGGUCUGAAUCACACUGGUGUCUUCCUGUCCUGAUCUGAUCAACGGUAAUUUUAUAAAACGUUUCCGCUUCUCCGUAUUGAAAUUCUUUCAUCUUAAAGCUUUGUAUUGCUCCUGAUUUAUCUCUAUUUGUUUUGAUCAUUGCAAGAGACAACAUUUGAUUAAAGGGGACAAUUCACAAGGCAUCAUUACAUAAUUUUGACAGAACAAAGUUCUCUUGUUAGGUGUCUCCUGUAGAUCGAUCAUCUUUGCAAGUAUAGUUGCAGUGAUAGUGAAGAUGGGCUUGCUGAAGAAAAAGGAUUCAGCUUCUGCUAGCUCCUCUACUUCUCCAUGCGCCAAUUUGAGAAAUGCUUACCACAAUUGUUUCAACAAGUGGUAUUCAGACAAGUUCGUGAAAGGGCAAUGUGAUAAAGAAGACUGUGUUGCUGAGUGGAAUAAAUACAGACACUGUCUCUCGGAGAAUCUAGAUGGUAAACUUCUCACUCGCAUGUUGGAGGUUGAUGGUGAGCUGAAUCCAACAAGUCAAAGCUGAUUUAGAAGAAACUAGUGCUUGAUGUUUCUGAACAACAUUGUCUCUUUGAAACAGAUCCCAAAUUGAGCAACUUUUUAAAAAAAAAAAUAGGAAAACAUACUAGAAGCAGAAUGUUGUAGUAUUCUUUAUUUUUGGCACACGAAAUUUCAAGAACUGAUAAAUAAGAGAAGAAAGAUAUGUAAAUCA